UUAAAAUUUGUAAACAAAAUUUAAAAAAAGUUUUUUUUUUACGUUUUUGUUAAUUAAGUAGUUAAUUAAUUAAUUAACAGUAAUUAGAAAUAAAUAAUGACGAGUAAUAACAGUACGCGUGUGGAUGAUUUGAUAAAUUUUUUUAAAUCUCACAAUAAAAUAAAAGAACAACAAACACAUUCGGCAAAAGUGCACAGUGUAGGUUGGAGUUGUGAUGGAAAAUAUUUAGCAUCUGGUUCAUUCGAUAAAUGCAUUUGUAUUUUUUCAUUAUCACCUGAUCGACUGAAACAAGAAACGACAUUCCGUGGUCAUGGUGGAAGUGUCGAUCAGCUCUGUUGGCACGCAUCUAACCCCGAUCUCCUCUCAACCGCCUCAGGUGACAAAACAGUUCGUAUUUGGGACACUCGUUCCCAAAAAUGUACCGCGAAUAUCAGCACCCGGGGGGAAAAUAUCAACAUAUCCUGGUCCCCAGACGGCAACACAAUAGCUGUCGGUAACAAAGAAGAUCUCGUGACAUUCAUCGACACUCGAUGCAUGAAAAUUCGCGCCGAAGAGCAAUUCAACUUUGAGGUUAACGAAAUUUCUUGGAACAAAGACUCGGACACAUUUUACCUGACAAAUGGCCAAGGCUGCGUCCAUAUUUUAAGUUACCCCGACUUGGAGUUACUGCACGUCAUCAAAGCCCACCCUGGAACUUGCAUUUGCAUCGAAUUCGACCCCACCGGGCGUUACUUCGCAAUAGGAUCCGCGGACGCUUUGGUCUCGCUCUGGGACGCGGAUGAGUUGUGCUGCCUCAGGACAUUUUCGCGGUUGGAUUGGCCAGUGAGGACAAUCUCCUUUUCCUACGAUGGCCAGCUACUGGCCGCUGCUUCCGAGGACCUGGUUAUCGACAUCGGGGAAGUGGAAACUGGUGAAAAGGUUGCAGAUAUUCCAGUCGAAGCGGCUACUUUCACGGUCGCUUGGCAUCCGAAGCAGUAUUUGCUAGCGUACGCUUGCGAUGAUAAAGAUAAUUAUGAUCGAAAACGCGACGCUGGAAGUUUGAAAGUCUAUGGAUUUCCUAAUGAAUAAUUUAUAAGUUAUCGAUUGUACUUUGACUUAAUUAUUAAUAAAAUUAUAAGUUUUUUUU